UUCACUCAAACUGAAAACACCCAAAAAGAGAGUUGCACAAAUGAGAAGUCUGGAAUCGAGUUUGGAAAUGAUCAGCAAAACAUUCUGUAGUUCUUGAGAGUUCAAAGCAGACAUGAAGAUGAGUCUAGCAACCAGAUCUCUCUCGAUUGAUCUCAUAGCCUUAAUUCUCUCCCUCAUCCCAUUCCUUCAAAUCAAAGCCCUUGCCCUUGACACAACAAUAUCAUCCUUUAGUCUUUCCAGCACUAUUAAUGUUGCUGGCAACGAGACUGAUUUCCAUGCAUUAUUGGCCUUCAAGUCGAAUAUUUCCCCCGAAUAUCAAGAUGCCUUGAGCUCAUGGAAUGAAUCUCUCCAUUUUUGCCACUGGCAAGGUGUCAAAUGCGGUCGCCGACACGAACGAGUCACCUUUAUAGACCUCACAUCCAGAGGUCUAGCGGGUCCUUUGUCUCCGUACAUCGGAAACCUUAGUUUUCUUUGGGAGCUUAGUCUCGGAAACAACACUUUUACAGGUGCAAUUCCAAUUGAACUCGGUAAUCUUUUCAGGUUGCAAAAAUUGAAUCUUGGCAUUAACGGUUUUGAAGGGAAAAUUCCACCAAGCCUAUCUCGUUGCUCCAAUCUCAGGUACCUUAAUGUACGUGAAAAUAAGCUAGUUGGAGAGUUGCCAAAAGAACUUGCUUUUUCAUUGCCGAGACUCAUAUCUCUCUACAUUCGUGAGAAUAAUUUGACCGGAGGGAUUCCUCCGUGGAUUGGAAAUCUUACUUCUCUGGAAGACUUUAAUGCUGCUGGCAAUCCUCUUGAAGGAAGUCUUCCAGAUGCUUUGGGUCAAUUGAAAAAUUUAAGAGCACUUUGGUUGGGUUCCAGUCAAAUUUCAGGUACCAUCUCUCCUUCCUUAUACAACCUAUCGUUGCUGGAGUCGUUAUCUGUGGCUUAUAAUCGACUUCAGGGUAGUCUUCCACCGACAUUCGGUUUCAUGUUCUCUCACCUUCAGAUCCUUCAGCUAAAUCGCAACCAAUUUAAUGGUCCACUUCCACUUUCAAUAUCCAACUCCUCGAAGUUGUUACAACUCAUUUUGGGUUUUAAUAAUUUCAAUGGAAAAGUAACAAAUGAUUUCGGAAGCCUAAAAAACCUCAGUGCAAUAACUCUGGAUAUGAACAAUUUUGAAGCUAAGGGAUCUGAUGGACUAGCCUUUCUUAGUUCUUUAACCAACUGUAGCAAUUUGAGAGUGAUAAGUAUGGGGGAAUGCCAAUUUGGAGGGGUAUUACCGAACUAUGUGGGUAAUCUGUCACUCUCUCUCUUUUGGUUGGUACUAGGUGGAAAUAAAUUGCAUGGAUCUAUUCCAUCAACAAUAGGAAACCUUGUGAAUCUGCAACACUUAGGUCUAUAUGAUAACCUAUUCACCGGUCCAAUUCCCGAUAGCAUAGGUUAUCUCCGUAAGUUGCAAAGGUUGGUAUGUAGAACCAACACUAUCUCUGGUAAAAUUCCAGACUCUAUUGGAAAUUUGUCAUUUCUGAAUGAACUUUACUUGGGGGAAAACAGACUAGUGGGAGCCAUACCGACGAGUCUUGGAGACUGUCGUAAUUUGUUAAUGAUUGCACUUAAUGAAAAUUACCUUAAUGGGAGCAUUCCAAGACAACUUUUGAUGGUCUCUUCUCUAUCAAUUGCGUUGGAUCUCUCUCGCAACCGUUUGAUUGGAUCCCUGCCACCUGAGGUUGGAUACCUAAAAAAUUUAGUAGAAAUCGAUAUCUCUGAGAAUGGUUUGUUUGGUGAAAUUCCUAGGACUCUUGGAAGCUGUAGCAGCCUUGAAAACUUGUAUUUGCAGCAAAACUUGUUUCAAGGAUCUAUUCCUUCAUCAAUGGAAUCUUUGAAAGGUAUUCAAAAUUUGGACCUUUCUCACAACAACUUAUCCGGCCAAAUUCCAAGAUUCUUAGGGACUUUUUCCUUGAAGAAUCUCAAUUUGUCCUUCAACAAUUUCGAAGGAGAGUUACCAAUGAGAGGUGUCUUCACAAAUGCAAGUGCCAUAUCUGUUGCCGGAAACUAUAGGCUUUGUGGUGGCAUUUCUGAACUACAACUACCUCGGUGCACCACAAAAAAAUCAAGAAAUAGGAAGUUUCUUUCGUCGACGUUGGGAAUCACGGUAGCUUCAAUACUCGUUGGUGUAAUCAUAGUGUCGUCUUUCAUCAUAUGUUUGUUCAAGAAGAAAAGAAAGAAAAAACCUACAGUUUCAUUGUUGAAAAAUCCAUUCUUGAAAGUCUCUUAUGGAGAACUUCUUAACGCAACUGAAGGUUUCUCUUCGACGAAUCUGCUUGGUUUUGGUAGUUUCGGUCGUGUGUAUAAAGGUGUUAUUGAACAAAAUGGGGAGUUGGUUGUUGCAGUCAAAGUACUUGACCUUCAAACUCGUGGCGCUACCAAGAGUUUCAUGGCAGAGUGUGAAGCCUUAAGGAAUAUUCGACACCGAAAUCUAGUUUCAAUCAUAACUGCUUGUUCUAGCAUGGAUUUUCAAGGGAAUGAGUUUAAAGCUCUAGUUUACGAGUUUAUGCCGAAUGGAAGUCUAGAUAAUUGGUUGCAUCCUAUUCCGGAAGCAAAUAAUGGGGAACGUGAGUUAGUGGGACUCGAUCUUGUACAAAGAGUAGACAUUGCCAUAGAUGUGGCUUGUGCACUCGAUUAUCUUCAUCACCAAUGCGAAAUGCCAAUUAUUCACCGCGAUCUAAAGCCGAGUAAUAUCCUUCUUGAUGGAGACAUGGUUGCCCAUGUUGGAGAUUUUGGUCUAGCUAGAUUUCGUGUAGAGCUCACCACUCCAAGUGCUAGUAGUUCAAGUGCAAUAAAGGGAACCAUUGGAUAUGCAGCUCCAGAGUAUGGUCUCGGAAGCAAGAUGUCAACUAGUGGAGAUGUUUAUAGUUAUGGUAUCUUGUUGUUGGAGAUGAUAACAAGGAAGAGACCUACUGACAAACUGCUUGAGGCAGACCUUAAUCUUCAUAACUUUGCAAGGAUUGCCUUGUCUCAACGUGUGAUGGAGAUUGUAGACCCUAUGCUCUUAACCGAGGAGACAGAUAGCAACAAAAUGAUGAAAAAUUUGAUCUCCCUCAUCAAGAUAGGACUAGCAUGCUCUGCAGAGUCCCCAAAAGACCGAAUGAACUUAAAUAUUGCACUCCAUGAGCUUCAUUUGGUCAAGAACAAUAUUUUGAAGGUCCGAGCAUCGGCGACUAGUAGCUCGCACGUUUGACAAGUUUGCUCGGCACGCUAGUCUCGGUUCAAGUGCCAGUCAGUAAUUCGCAUGCAUUCGUAUGCUUGGGUGUGAAGGAUAUUUUUUUUGGAAGCUAACCGUUUUAGUUACUUAACCAUCUAAGUAAUUGACUUUCUUUGAAUUUAAGAUGGGUCUGUAACCAAGUAUUCUUGAAUCCCCUUUUUCUAAAAUAUUUGUAAUAUUCUAAACAGAUUUGUACUCGUACAUAAGUUUAUUCCGUGGCUGGUGUGCCAAGGUUGUAAUUCCUUAAAUCUUGGGGGUUGGUAUGUAAACUUAAACAGGUGGAAACUCUUUUGGGUAUUUAUUUAUGAUAUGCGAGAAAUCUUUAUCGAAA